GUAUCUAAAGGAGUUUAGGACAGAGCAGUGCCCCCUGUUUGUGCAGCACAAGUGCAGCCAGCACAGGCCAUUUACCUGUUUCCAUUGGCAUUUCCUAAACCAGCGCCGCCGCAGACCACUCCGCAGGCGCGAUGGCACCUUCAACUACAGCCCCGACGUGUACUGCUCCAAGUACGACGAGGCCACCGGCCUGUGCCCCGACGGUGACGAAUGUCCCUACCUGCACCGAACGACUGGGGAUACGGAGCGCAAGUAUCAUCUGCGCUACUACAAGACAGGCACAUGCAUACAUGAGACAGAUGCGCGGGGCCACUGUGUGAAGAAUGGGCUGCACUGCGCCUUUGCACAUGGCCCCCUGGACCUGCGGCCGCCUGUUUGCGACAUUAGGGAGCUGCAGGCACAGGAAGCCUUACAGAAUGGCCAGCUUGGUGGUGGGGAUGGUGUACCCGAUCUGCAGCCUGGAGUCUUGGCCAGCCAGGCCAUGAUUGAGAAGAUCCUGGGUGAGGACCCCAGGUGGCAAGACACUAACUUUGUGCUGGGCAGCUACAAGACAGAACCUUGCCCAAAACCUCCACGUCUGUGCCGCCAGGGGUAUGCAUGCCCACACUACCACAAUGGCAGGGACCGCCGGCGGGACCCCAGGAGGUUCUCAUACAGAUCCACCCCCUGCCCUAGCGUGAAGCAUGGUGACGAGUGGGGUGAACCUUCUCGGUGUGACAGUGGGGACAGCUGCCAGUAUUGCCAUUCCCGCACGGAGCAGCAGUUCCAUCCUGAGAUCUACAAAUCUACAAAAUGCAAUGAUAUGCGUCAAACUGGCUAUUGCCCUCGGGGUCCUUUCUGCGCCUUUGCACAUGUUGAAAAGACUCUUGGGACAGCGAGUGACUGGGGCUGCCGAGAUCUCAGCUCUACCAGCAGCACCUCAGCCCAUAGUGGUCAGCCUGGAAAUGCAAAACGGAGAGACUCACCUGCGGAUGGCAGCCAGAAAGCCAGUGAGCCUGAUGGCAAGCAGAACCAUCUUGCUGUGUUCACAGUGGUUCAUCCACUGGCCCCCAGUAUAAGUUCCAGUGUGGCAUCCAGCCUGGCAUCCAGUACUGGCUCAGGUAGCUCCUCCCCCACUGCUCUGCCCGCCCUCCCUGCCCGCGGCCCUGUGCCCGACCCAGCUGGCAACACCGUGGAGGCUGUCCUAGGUUCUGCCUUGGACCUUCAUCUCAGUGACAUAAACAUUGCAUCCCUGGAUAAAGACCUGGAAGAGCACGAUGCCCAUGACCUUGGGCUGACAGGCCCCCGGUCGCUGGCAGGCUCGGCCCCUGUCGCCAUCCCGGGCUCCCUGCCCCGCUCGCCAUCCCUGCACUCGUCCUCCUCCCUGUCCACGUCCCCGCUCAGCUCGCUGUCCCAGUCCUUGUCGGGGCCACUCACCGCCUCAGCCAUGACGCCCCCCCAGCAGCCGCCACCCCUCAGGUCAGAGCCUGCCGCCCUAGGCUCCGCAGCCUCAUCCUACAGCUCUUUAGGUUUGAAUGGCGUUCCUGGGAGCAUCUGGGACUUUGUUUCCGGCAGCUUCUCUCCCAGCCCCUCCCCCAUCCUGAACACUGGCCCUCCGGCCUCAAGUCCAAAUGGUGCCGAGUUGGCCCGGGUCAGGCGGCAGCUGGAUGAAGCCAAGAGGAAGAUCAGGCAGUGGGAAGAGUCUUGGCAGCAGGUGAAGCAGGCCUGUGAUGCAUGGCAGCGAGAGGCUCAGGAGGCCAAGGAGCGGGCCCGUGUGGCAGACAGUGACCGGCAGCUGGCCCUGCAGAGAAAGGAGGAGGUUGAGGCUCAAGUGAAGCAGCUGCAAGAGGAGCUCGAGGGCCUGGGCUUGUUAUCCUCACUGCCUGGGCUACGGAGCUGUGGUGACAUUGGUUCCAUCCCUCUCCCCAAGCUGCACUCCUUACAAAGCCAGCUGCGCCUCGACCUUGAGGCUGUUGAUGGGGUGAUCUUCCAGCUCCGUGCCAAGCAAUGUGUGGCCUGCCAGGAGCGGGCCUGUGGCACUGCCAUGCAGCCCUGCCAGCACCGUGUCCUGUGUGAGCCGUGUGCAGCUAGUGCACCUGAGUGCUCCUACUGCAAGGGCCAACCGCUUCCAUGGUGACUAGAGCCAGCCCUCGCCUUCCACAGCAGUGUCAUCAUUCCUGGUGCCACCAUGUCAGGACGUGAGUUUGCGCCUUGUCCACCUGACAGCCUUUGUAUUUUUCUUACCUACUGUGGCCCACCAGUGGUUUCAAAGUAUUCUCAAAAACCUUAAUAGCACCCAGAAUCCACCGCCCAUCACCAAGGGGCUCUGUGCCUCCAAAGGCUGGACAGGUGGAGUGUGGUUGGGGCCAAGGAUCUGAUGCUGCGGUGGCCAGGCCACUGGGGGCGGGGUCUCAUCAAAGCACUUUGUCAACCAAGGAAUUUAGUUAGAUGUUAUGAAUUGUAUAAGCUGCUUUCUAGAUGUGUUUUUUAAUAUGCGAUAACAUGAAGCUUUAUAUGUGUGCUGUGAACUUGAAAUUUCCUAUUCGUUUACUGUUAAUUCGUAGUCUGGCAGAUAGAUUUCAUAUUCUGAAACUACUUAAGAAAUGAGUGUUUAUCUAGUGAAGAAGCCUAGAUAAGACUAGAUAAAUAGCAUUUUUACAUUUUCAAAUCGAGUGCAAACAAAUAGUAUUUAUAAGCAGAGUGAUUAUUAAAAGACACAUAUACAUUUAGAUGUUUUGAAUUUUAUGAGGAACUAAUUUUCCUAAACAUGUGAAUGUGCACAUGUUGUUGGAGUUUUAUAUUCCAGUAUUGUGAGAUGAUACCGAGAGCUCUGCCCUGUACUUAGUGAUCCGUGGCCACUUUUUCUAAGUGCCUGUGCCUUGCAAAAGUGAAGGAGACGGUCCGCUUGGUUUUGUUUUUUCACUUGAAACUCUACAAGAGAAUUUGACGCUAAUGAAAAAGGCAACCGAAGGGACCAGGUACUAAUAGAUUUUGAAGUUCACUUUGGAAGAAGCCAAGUUAUGACAACUUAGAUCUGUAAUGGGCAAUGGUGCUUUGUAACCUCUGAGAUGUCUGGGGCAUCCUGGCUCUGCUGAGUGUGUGGGCUGUGAAUUAGGAGCCUUCCCUUUCCUGCAUCUGUCACUGCCUGCAACUUCUGCCUCAAGAGAUGCUAUAGAGGCCGUGUGGAGCCCUGGGUUACAGCGCUAGCCACACCUUCACCUGACCCGUGCAUCCCUAAUCAGAGUUUAUCCGUGUGACCAGUGAGGUGCCUCCAGGGCCUGGGCCCUGGCUGUGCGGCAUCUCCUCUGCCCAUCAACUCCUGGGUGACUGCAGGUCUCUUGAUGGCAGGCCUCAGGCUUGUGACAGGAAUGUUGCUGAGAAUGUAUUCAACAUGAUGAUGGAAGUGCUCUCGGGUUAGGACUGGAACUGUGCCUGGAAAUCUGAGAAGAGCGAGCUGUGUGUUGUCCACAGAGACCUUGCCCUCAGCCAGCCGAGCUGGGCAGCAGUUCUCUUUAGGCAGCUGGAGAGGGUGGGCUUUGCCCCUGGCUGGAAGGGUCACCUGUUUCUCCUCCCUUGUGGCUUUGCCAAAGACUUUUAAUAGCAUUUUUUAAAGUGCAAAGUGACUAGGUAAACAUUUUUAUCAGUGACCAAAUUAGAAUGUAUUUAAUAUAGGAGAUUUAAAAGCAUUUUUAAAUAUAAGACAAACUGAUAGAAAAGUUCUAUCAUUUUAAAGGCAGUGGAUCCAUGACAUUCCGCAGCUAUUAUGCUACUAAUGGUAACUGUUGACUUGGUUUUAGUGAAUCUCGUUUUUAAUUAUAGUGAUUUAUUAGCUCAGUAUCUAGAAAUUACGUAUAUUUUGUGCUACUGUUAUCACUGUUUAAGAUUGUUUAUUUUUAUUAAUAUUUAUGCACUUGUUUCCCACUUUAGGCCUUUGGUCUGUGGGAUAACAGGACAAUGUUUAUUGGUAUAUAGCUUAGACAUUUUCAAAUUAUAAACAAAUAAGAACCAUUAAGCUUUAGAUCUGUCUAUAAGCUACUCUGGUCAGUUUUCACUAUGGAAUACGGCCAGUGCUCUGGAGCUUCUCUCCAGGGCUAAUGUUCUAGGGUGAGAGCAAUGGCUGGGAGCUGGCAACUGGAUCCCACAGUGGGGUGCCUGGCCCUGAGCACCCACUCUCCUGGGAUUAGGACAGGCUGAAGACAGGUAUACAGGGGAGACCAAAGAACUACCCAGGAGUGAGCCAACAAUGUGGGAAGACCACGGGGAGCUGUUCACUGUGGGUUCUUCCCACGCUGCCUGUGGUCUCAGAGGUUGAUACUACAUGACCAGGAGCCCAGCUGGGGAUGGACAGGCUCCCAGUCCAGAUGGAGGUGUGGUCUUGGUGUGGGAGCUGAAGCUGUGGGGUAAGCAGCAAUGCGGUUCUUUGCCUGUUGUCUUUUGACUCUAGUGUGAAAUAUUAGUAAAUGAUAGUGUUGCAGCGUUCAUGCACCCAGUUUGGACACUUCAUGUGGAUUAAUUUAUGGAAGCCCUGUGUUUUUAUUUUGAGCAUUUAGAUCAGAAUGUUAUGUGAAUGGAAUUUUCUUAACCCAGAAGGUCAUAUUUAUAAUGCAUAAUCAUUUACUUGUAGUGAAUUGUUUAAACAUGUUAACACUUGUUUAAAUUUUUUUACACUAUAGCAUUUAUGCAAUGGUUUACAGAAUUCAUGGAAUUAUUUUUAUCAGUAUGGGAAUUAAUUAAAACUUUGAAUCUU